AACAAGCAAUAUGAGAGUUACGUUACAGGACACUCAGCGGUCGUUAUUAAUGGUGAUGGGAGUGCUGGUCAUUUUCAUCUUUGCAUUUGACCAAUACUUGGAGAGAGAUACGAAACUAAAGAUAGCUUCAUAUGAGACAAGAUGGAGAAGCAGGGGACUACAAUCGUUGACCAACAGCACCAAAGAUCCGCUAGGUGACUCUAAAUUGUGGAUGGCGAUCAGUCGGAAAUCAAACGCCAGAUCGUUUGGGUACGAUACAAUGGUUUAUAAAAGUCGUUUCGACGAACCAGACGCUCGACCAAGUGUCAUCUCUUCCCUGGAGACUUAUCAUAUGCAAGGUGAGCGUAAAAAAUCAGAACCGAUUGUUGAGGCGAAUGACGAAGCCGACACCGUGGACUUUAAAGAAAUGAUGACAGAGAGUGUAAAAACAAUCGCAAACACUCCGAGUCAAUAUAUACCGAGGAUCAAGAGCUGGGAAGACAUUUCGAACAAUCCAAGAAAAAUAUUACUUUUUCCUGGGAACGGUCGCCUUGGUGACGAAAUGUUUCAGUACUCCUCUGCGUGGGCGAUUGCUAAGAAAACGAACAGGACGCUGUACAUACCUUCAAACUCCCGUCUUCUCGAGAUCUUCAGUAACAUUAAAGCAGAAAUAUUCGAUCUUAGAUCUCUGCCCAAAGACAUUAACCUCCCCGUACGAUCAGGCCGAGGACCUUUCAAAAAAGACUUAUUCAACGUAAAGGCGGCUAGCUUCGUGCUAUACAACGGUUUGGGGAGCUUCAGUUACAUUACAAACAUUAAAGAUGAAAUUAAAAACCAGUAUACAUUCAACAGUGACAUAAAAUCAAAGGUUGAUAACUUUUUUAAAACACUACCAAGUGCAAUAAAGAACGAAAAAACUAUUAACGUCGGGGUACACGUCAGACGUGGAGACCUAUUAUCGCUAGAAAAUAACAGGAAAGGUUAUCGUGUCCCAACAGUUGACUAUUUCCUCAAAACUAUGCAACAUUAUGAUCGAAUUCUUAGUCCAACAAACAUUCGCUAUAUCAUAUGUUCAGACGAUCCAAAAUGGGCCCGAGAGCAUCUAAACUUUCCUAGUACACAUUUCUGCCCCGGUGAAUCGGACAGCAUGGACUUGGCCAUAUUGGCUCGUUGUGAUCACUCAAUUAUGUCCGUUGGGAGCUUUGGUGCAUGGGGGUCGUACCUAAGUGGCGGAAUGGUGACAUUUUACCCAUACCCCUACAGUGAGAAUUCUGCCAUGUGGAAACUGUGGCACAAACACAAACACGAGAAAGUUCCAGCACACGGUCUUCCGUAUUACAGUUGAGAAUGACUAGAAAUCUUCCGCUCAAACCUGGGAUUUGAACUGAUCCAAUUCCUCUAGUCGUAUUACAUAGCAUUACGAACGUUUUAUGCUUGAACGUUCGAUUGUAUAAAAAACUGCCAUUCAACAAGUAAAGUAAAUGGACAUACAGGCAUUUAUAACUGAAAAACGUGUUAUUGUAACAAAGUUACAUUUAGCCAAAAUAUUAUUUAAUUGAAUGGUUACAUGCAUCCUGCAUGCAUGUAUUCAGCUAAUUAACAAUUUUAGUGAUCGGGUGUUUCAGUGCAAUUAUUUUUCACAGUGGUCAAUUUCAAAUAUUGUAAAUCUUAAGUUUCGGGGUGAUAAUGAAUAUGAUGCCAGUGCUGAUUAUUGGGAUUGCGAUAAUAGGGUAAUCCACAAUUCACAUGGUUUAGAUGAUUACGUAAACGGGUGGGAAAUUCUGCUCUAUCAAACCGUAUAAUUGUAUCAUUUUGGUCACUGGCAUAUUAUGUAAUGCCUUGGCCACAUUUGCUCCGAUUCAUC